AUGCAUUCACUUGAUUGCAGGAACUGAUGAUGAUCUUCCACCAACUCAUCAAAACAGAAUCCCCAGAGGGCCACAUCCUGCAAGGAAUGGAAGAUCUGCAGGAGCUUCAUACCCAGUGACAUAUGGUGAAAUUGAUAUGGAAACUCAAAUUCACAAUCUUGAGAAGGAAGCAUACAGUUCAGUUCUACGAGCCUUUAAAGCUCAAGAUGAUGCCAUUACUUGGGAGAAGGAAAGUUUGAUUACAGAACUUAGAAAAGAACUAGGAUUAUCAAAUGAGGAACACAGAGAACUUCUAGGCCAUGUUAAUGCAGAUGAUGUAAUACAAAAUAUAAGGGACUGGAGACAAGCAGGAGGCCAUCAGCCUGGUAUGCUGAAUAUUGGGCAAACUAUUCAUGAUUCAAUUCCAAGUCCCACUGUCUCUGUAUCUCGUAAGAAGCAGAAGAUAAUGGCGUCCACUCCUUUAGAAUCUUUUGGUGGACCUUCUCCAUUUCACCCCCAACCACCCGUUCAGCCAUCUUUGGUUGCAAAACCAGGAUCUGUUUCUGGAUCCAAGGGCAAGAAGCACAAACCUGGCCAAGUAUUACUGGGUGUAUCUUCAAUAAAGAAAUACCCUUCAUCAGGACUCAGUGGAAGGAAUCAAGUACCUAAUAGAGCUCCUUCUGGUAUUGAAACGGGUGAGCUUGCUAAGGAAGCAUCACUGGUUUCACUAGUUGGUAGGAAAGUGCAAACACGAUGGCCUGAUGACAACAACUUUUAUGAAGCUGUUAUAUCUGACUACAAUCGAGCUGAUGGUCGAUAUGCUCUGGUAUAUGACAUGGGGACUGCAAAUGAAACGUGGGAAUGGGUUAAUCUGUCAGAGAUCUCUCCUGAAGAUAUUCAGUGGGUUGGUGAGGAUCCAGGAAUCAAUCAUGGUGGGGGUCUUCGUGGAUCUGGUAAUGGGAUGAGUAGGUCUGUAGGACGUGGCAGUGUUCCAGGAGCUGUAAGAGGUAGGGGAACCACAAAGGGACAAUCCAAAAUGGAUUUCUUUCCAUCACAGAAUGGAAUUGGAAAGAAGACUCUAGAUGAUAUACACAUACUUCACACAGACACGCUAGUGAAGAAGGUAGAGAGGGUAUUCAAUGCUAAUCAUCCUGAUGCACUUGAAAUUGAACAAGUCAAGAAGGUAUUAAAGGAUCACGAGCAAGCUCUUAUUGAUGCAAUUGCAAGACUUGCAGAUCUUUCUGAUGGCGAAAGUGAUGAGGAUGGCCACCAUCUCGCACAUGCUCAACCAAUGGAAAGAUGAUGUGGAAAACCAUCUUUGUAAAAUGGGAAGAGUUGGCAUUAUUAUAGUCGCAAAAACUUGGAAAAUCUGAAGUUCUCUUACGCUAUGAAGGAUACUCGGAUGCUUGUACACAUUCAUGAUAGUGUAUAAAUUCUUGUAUUUGUUGUGUAUUAUGUAUGGAUUCACUCUUCUGUUAUGUAUUACUCUCUGACUUCUAUACAAGACCAUGUUCAUAAAA